GGUCGUUUGGUCCUUGAGAUCCAACUUGACGGUGGAGUUCUCAAGUCCAGAAAAUCAGGCGCACCACAACAUACUAUCAACCCGCUAUGCCAACACACACGCGCCGCUAUGUGCAUCGCUAUAUUGAAUAUUAGAGUCAUGUCUGCAUAG